AUGGACCAAUACGUAUUACUUCUGAAACAAUUUGUCAGUGCUUGCACUGCAAAUCCCAAUCUUCUACAUGACCCUAAGCUGGAAUUCUAUCGGGAUUACCUCCAAAGCCUUGGUGCCACCAUUCCACCAAAAACUGAGAAGGCCUCUAAAUCAACUCCGAAAGAAGAGCCGAAGGAAGAGAUGCCAGCUGAGGAGGAGGAGAAGCCUAAGCCAACGGAGAUCCCAUUUCCGGAAAUUGAUAACUCUGGUGUGAUCGAGCCGGAUACCGAUUUCGAUCUACCAAUGGGAGAUGUUACGAAACAACCAACUGAUGCUGAUUUGGAAAAGGCUUCCGAAGAACGUGACAAGGCUAACGAAGCUUUCUCUAAUGGUGAUUUCGACGCCGCUCUCAAGCACUUCACCGCUGCUAUCGAAGCCAACCCGGGAUCAGCGAUUCUGUACGCCAGAAGAGCCAAUGUUUUGUUGAAAUUGAAGCGUCCGAAUGCUGCUAUUGCCGACUGUAACAAGGCGAUUUCCAUCAAUCCGGAUUCUGCAACUGCCUACAAAUUCCGUGGACGUGCCAACAGACUUCUUGGAAAAUGGGUUGAAGCUAAACAGGACUUGGCUGUUGCUUGCAAGAUCGACUACGAUGAGACCGCGAAUGAAUGGCUGAAAGAAGUUGAGCCAAAUACAGUUCUUAAAUUCAAAAAAGAAACUGAAUAA